AUGUCCAAUAACCAGUACGGCUGGCUCGCGAGCAUCUUCUACUUUGCUUACCUGGUCGCGGAAUAUCCAUGGAAUAUUCUGGCACAGAAAACCAGACUCGCCAAAGUGGUCUCUGGGAACGUCGUCGCCUGGGGUGCGAUGCUUAUGAUUACUGCUGCCUGCUCAUCCUUCACCGGAAUGGCUAUCUGUCGCUUCCUCUUGGGCAUUUUUGAGGCUCCUAUUACACCGUGCUUUAUGCUGAUUGUGUCAAUUUGUAAUGGACUUGGUGCAGUGCUCGGAGGAGUGCUGACCUACGGCAUGGGACAGAUCGACACCAUCGCUGUGUGGAGGGCAAUUUAUCUUAUUCUCGGCGGUAUCACCGUGUGCUGGGGCAUCAUAAUGUUCUUAUUUCUUCCCGACGAUAUCAUUUCCGCUAAGCGCUUCAGUCUGGAGGACAAGGCUCUUAUCAUCAGUCGCGGUCGACUCGGCCGGAUAGGUAUCAUCAAUCACCAGAUCAAAUGGUACCAGAUUCGCGAGGCUCUAGUUGAUCCUUAA